AUGCAUACAGACGCUAUCCACAAUGCACAAGACAGUGCGAAGGACCUGGGUGAGCGAUUUGAUAGGUUGCAAUUCAGCAACAUAACUGUGUCAACCAUGUGUCUAGAUAAGAUGCAACGCGAUGAAGCAUUCGCAGGGUUAGACAUCAAGCUACGCAACCGUCCAGGCGUACACACGCUCAGACUCAAGGUAGAUACUGGUGCUCAAGGAAACACCUUGCCACUAUCUGUAUUUCGCAGAAUGUACCCCAACAUGCUCACAACGGAAGGCUACCCCGCACAAGAAAUUGCCAUGGCAGCCAAACGAACACGGCUAACUGCUUACAACAGCACACCAAUCCCGUGCCGUAGAGCUAUUGACGUGCCAUGCAGCUAUAACGGUUCUGAGUGGACCGACUGUAGAUUCUACAUAGUGGACGUGGAAGGACCAGCUGUUAUUGGUCUACAGUCCAGUGAACGGCUAAAAUUAGUGACACUACACUGUGCAAUCAACAGCACAAACAUUGCUGAUAGCGUGACAACAAAAUCAUCUAUGAGAGCAGACGUAUCUUCCAUAGGGAACGUGCAUGACCUGAAGCGACUGUACCCCGAACAAUUUGACAGGAUUGGAUGUAUGCCAGGCACAUUCAAGAUUACAGUCGAUCCAAAUGCGCCAGCGCACGUUGAUGCACCUCGAAAACCCCCUAUUGCACUGAAAGACGAAAUAAAGAAAGAGCUGGAUUACAUGGAAGAAAACCACGUCAUACGUAAGGUGACAGAACCAUCAGACUGGGUGUCUAGUUUGGCCUAUUCGCACAAGAAAGACGGAUCCCUGCGUGUCUGUUUGGACCCAAGAUAUCUCAACCGAGCACUAAAACGUCCAUAUCACAAGAUACCUACUGUAGAAGAACUCACACACCACUUCGCAGGGGCUAAGGUAUUCUCAAAGCUUGACGCGAAAGCGGGAUACUGGUCAAUAAAACUUGACGAGGAAUCGCAGCUCCUCACCACAUUCCAAUCGCCGUUUGGGAGAUAUUGUUUUGUACGUCUGCCGUUCGGAUUGUCCGUCUCGCAGGACAUCUUUCAAUUGAAAAUGGAUCAGAUCCUGGACCAAGUGGAUGGUGCAGUGGCGACAAGCAGACCUCUACGUGACCUGCUAACGAAGAUGCUGCAUUCAUGUGGUGGACAUCACCUGCGGCUUUUGAUGAGCUACGAGCUAGUGACGCGGGACUCACGCUGCAGUACUUUGAACCUAGUAGCGCCACUGAGGUAUGGAAGGAUGUACUCGCAGACCUACUAUGGACAUCAGGGCAUAGAUUAA